AUGUCGGAACGGGAGAUGGACGCGGAAGUGAAUCAGAAGAAACUUCUGGAAUCUGUGUGGCUGUCACCUCCAAGGAUGGGUGUCCCAAGGAUGGAAGGGGGCUGUUGUGAGGAGGAGGUGGCUCUGAGGGCCAUGGCCGAGGUUGAACAGGAGUCACGCCAACAGCCCAAGCCUGGAGACCUGAUUGAGAUUUUUCACAAUGGCUAUGAGCACUGGGCCAUCUAUGUGGGAGAUGGCUACGUGGUCCACCUGGCACCUCUAAGUAAGUGCCCCAAGGCCGGCUCCACCAGCUUCUCCUCGAUUCCAAGCGACAGAGCAGUGGUGAAACAGGAGCGCCUGGAGGACGUGGUGGGGGGCUGUCGCUACCGGGUCAACAACGACUUGGACCACAACUAUAAGCCACUUCCUGUGAGCGAGAUCAUCAAAUCUGCAAAGGAGAAGGUUGGUCAGGAGGUCGAGUACAGUUUUGUGACAAAGAACUGUGAGCACUUUGUCACCGAUCUGAGAUACGGCAAGGAACGCUGCGGGCAGGUGGAAAGGGCUGCAAUUGGAGGACUUGCAACCACGGUAUUCGGAAUUCUGGGUGCCGUUGGACUCGCUGCUUUUAGUAGGAUACGCCAAAACCAGUGACAGCCUGAAGCAGCCACAAAAUCCUGUGUUAGUAGCAGCUGUGGACACCCCAGAGGGGACAGGCCUCCCCGGCUCCUUGUCUUCCUGACCCUCGCUCUCUGUCUCAGGCUGUCUCUAGUCCUUCCCUCUCUCCCCAUCCCUGUCUCAAUGGCUGAGGAUGGUCUCAUUGUA